UCCUCCACACGGCCACAUGGCAUGGCGCCUCGCUCUCCCGCGCCCACGCCCACAACAUUGAAAUGGCGACAAUGUCCGCGCCCCAGCCCAGCGGCAUUCUCUCAUCGACCACCUCCUCCUUCGGCCAAUUCCGCCUCACCACUUUCGUUGACGCGCAUCCAAAGCCCGCUUCCACCACCGCAGCUGGCGUAGUCGCAAACGCCCCCGACAACAUCGCAGCGGCCUCCCUACCACCCCAAUCCUCCACAAUGGCAGCAGACGGCCCCUCCAGCGACGCGCCCGCGCAGCUCCUACGACCCCACUCGAACCCCAGCGCCUCCCCCCUCGCCCCCACCACCUCCAGCACCUCAACAACCACCCUCCCCGCCCCCUCCCCAGCGCGCCGCGCCCCCGGCUUUGGCGUCCUCGACCUCACCGCCCCCUCGACCGAGCGCUCAGGCAAACUCGGCGCCCACCGCGACGGGCGCGUGCGCAACCCCGUUCCGCGCAAGUUGAAGGGGAAGACGGAUCAGCGGAAUGGGAAUUUCGCCGUCAUGCAUAUGGAUAUGUCUAGCUCGAGUGGUGGGGGGCGCAUGGUGCCGCGGGGGGAGGCGGCACAGAGGGCGAGCGAGAAUACGGCCAAGGCGGCGAGGAGUAUGUUGCAGGACUCGUAUAGGGUGAAGAGGAGACGGGUGGACGGGGGGGAGCCGGCGGUGGUGGUGCAGCAGCCGUAUGUGGUGCCAAGUGAGCCCCUGGUGGCCCAGCAGCCGGUGCAUAGGACGCAGCCGAUGUCGGCGGAGGAGACGAAGUAUGAGCAGGCGCGGUUGUUGACGCUGUUGAGGAGUAUUAGUCCGUUGGCGGUGGUGGAUCAGAUGUGCAAGGCGCUUGCAUUUUUCGGGGGGAUACCCGGGGCGCCGGUGCCGGAGGAUGAGGCGUUCCCGGCGAGCGAUGAUGCGAAUGGGAGUGGUGCGCUGUUUGUGGGGUGGCUGUCGGAGAUCUUUCCGGAGCCGGAGAGGAAGGUGUGGAGGUCGAGUGUGGGGGGGGGAGGGGCGAGGGGGAAGAGGCCUAGGGGGAGACCGAAGGGGAGUAAGGCGUCGAAGGUUAGGAAGGAUAAGGGGAUUAAGAAGGGGCCGAAGGAUGGGGGGAGGGAAGGGGAAGGGGGGGCGGUGUCUGUGCUGGAUGAGGAUGAGGAUGCGGAUGCGGAUGGUGCGGAUGAGGAGUGGGUUGAUAUUGGGGAGUCGGAGUCAAUACUGCAUGAUAAAGGGUCUGGACAGACUGGGACAAAUGCAUCUGGCGCGUUUGUCCCUGUCAAUUCAAGCGGCACUGGGAUAAUUGAGCUCGAACCAGAGGAAUUGAACGAACCCGAGCUGUUAGAUCCGCCAGCAACCGCGAAUAUUGGGAAGAGGAGACCGGGGCGGCCACGAGGCUCUCGUAAUCGUCCGAAGGAGAAGGAUGCAGAAGGGAACGAGGUUCCAGCUGUUGAAGUUUUUUCCCUCAAUCAAUCCUCUGCCCCGUCUACGAGCAGUCCUGUGAUGACCAUGCAGUCUGCAAACUCGCAGACGCCAACGUCACAGCCGAAGCGCAAGGCAGGUCGUCCUCCAGGCUCGAAGACUAAGCCGAAGGAAACGCCUAUACUGCCAACCAUCAGCGUCAGCCCGACACUGUCUAGAAGCAAUCGCGCCGCGGUUAGCCAAACCGCGACCCCAACCAACAACAUCGCUGCUGUGCCCCAAGGAUUAAGCGCCGAGGAGCUAGCUGUCGUGGAUGCCUACCGCAAGUCCAAGACUAGCGAGACUGCUGUCCCUACACCCACCACAAAGCCUGCUGAGAAACGAAAACAUGGACCUCGGAAGUCGAGCAAUGGCUUUACCGCGGAAGAUGCUGUUACCGUUACUGCUGCUCCCAUACUACCACCGUCUACCAUUACCCCACCGGUGGCGCCGCAGCAAAGUGAGCCCUCAAGGGCAAAUUCACAACAGGUGACGCCUAAGAGCGCCUCUGCGGGACCGGCCGCAAAGCGUCAGCGAAAGUCGAAAGACCUUACGACAGCAGCUUCAAAGACGAAUGUGGCACAGGACACUGCUAUUCUCAAGUCUACUCCCACGCCUACCCCGGCGUCGGCACCGGUAGCAAGAGCAAUCCCCGUCACCAGCUCGCAGCAGCCCGUCUGUGUACCCAGCACCACGAUGUUCUCGUCGUCUCUCCCCAUGGCAUCUGAGCAGAUCAUGGCGCCAGCCCGAGCUCCGGCGCAGGGACUGCAGGCGCACUAUGACCGGUUCACUAGCACAGCAGCAUCAGCAGCAUCAGCAGCAACAGCAUCAACAGCAACAACAACGACUCGACCCCCGCCACGACCCCCACCUCCUCACCCGCACCUCCCCCUCCAAACCCCCUUCUACCAACCCCACCACCCUCAAUCGCAACCGCAAGCACGCCAUAUCCCCACCCCCUCCCCCUCCCACUUCACACACUACCAACCCCAACAACCCGCCCGCACCUACCACACCAGCGCCAACGCAGAAAUGGACCCUUACCGCGCCGCCGCCGCGGCUGGCCAACAGCAACAACAACAGCACGCGACGUUCUCCCCGAGACAGCAGAACCCCCAGCAGCAGCAGCAGUUCGCGCAUUAUACCGAGGCGUCGUUUAUUGAUCUGCCUGCGCUGGAGGAGGGGGGUGCGGGGGAGGGGGGUGGGUAUGGAGGGCAGGGGGGACGGGCGAAUGGGCAGGGUCAGGGGUUUCGGGGACGGGCGAAUGGGCAGGGUCAGGGGUUUGGGGGAGGGGGGAUGGGGAAGUGGGAAGGGGGAUGA